GAAGAAGAAUUUCUCAACUUUAGCCCACGUGGGUUGGUGUUUCGAAGGAAUCCGCGCUAGUUAAGCACCAAUAACAAGAAGAUCAUGGGGAAAAAUAAACAGACGAAACCCGCAGAGGCAUUUAAACAAGGUGCUACGACUGGGCAAUAUCCAAGCAAGAAGCCUAAACGAGAUGGCAAGCCCAGACAGAAGGAUCAUCUUGAGCAGAUUCCCUUCCGCCUUCGAGAGAUUAUGAAAAGCAAGGAGAGGAUGAAGAUGGGGCCCAGCAAGGCCAAGAAGAUGAGGAAAGCUGACGCCAUCGCCCUUGCUCCCAAACCCAAGCCAGGGGAUGCUACAAUCGUAGAUAUCCCUGUUCCACACUUCCGUAGAAAGAAGAAGGAGAGUGAGAAGACGUACCUGCGGAGGAUGGGCAAUGAGGCGCAGCACGUCCUCUUCCUCACCAAGAACCAGAUAGAGAGACGGCCGGAGAGGGAGCUAGAGGAGCAGGAGAAACCUGCUGGCACCGGGAAAUGCAAGUCUGACAAGAAGAAAGAAUAUGAUAAAAGCCGGCUGGACAGGCUACAUAAAAAGAAACUGGACAGGCGGGAAGAGAAGGCAGAAAACGACAUGUUCAUAGAUGAAGUUGCCUUUGGAGAAGUUGCCAUGGCACCGCCGACUCUGAGUAUCAAGCCCAGGAAGGCACUGAUCAAGCCCCAGGGUGUGUGUAAGGGUCUCCUGCUGAACUCUCUGCUGGGCCAGACCCAGUUCUCCACAGCCAAGCCAUCCAUGGCCAGGCAGAGGAUGAUGGAGGAGGAGAGGCAGCGGGUGGUGCAAGCCUACCGCCACCUGAAGAAACAGAAGCAGCAUCAGCAAGAGGCCAAAGCAACUGGGAUAGAGAAGCUGAAGAACCUCCAGUGAGACUCCAGUGGUCCCAUUCUCUGCCUUGCUCCCCCAAGGUGUGCACUUCUCACUUACACUGUCCAAAUACAGUGAUGCAAUUUUUUUAUGUGGCUCUAUACUCCAACUAUUUUUAUUUGAGAUCAGGUGAAAGUAUUCCAAUAUUCUUUGUACACAAUGACUACAUCACGCUUGUGACUCUACAAACUUGUUGGAUGCAUUUACAGCUUGUUCUGGUGUUUUCAGAUUACAUUUUGUCCAAUAGGAAGUGAUUGGUGAAUAAUGUAUUUUGUUUGACUCACUUUUAUUGCAAGAAUAGAUUACGUUUGUGAAUGCUUCUAUAUUCAUGUGGAUGCUACCAUGAUUAUACCAUGAUUAGGAAUUAAUGAUGAGGGUCAAAGAUCAUACCCCCCAAAAAUGUUUGUCACCCAUUAUUAGGAAUGGUGAGAGUUUGACAUGCUUUGUUUUAGCCUCUAACUUUCUCACUCAUCAUUAUUCAUGGUUGUUGUUUUUUCUUAAUCGUGGCAUUAUCAGGAUUGAUUUAAAGUGUUCAGAAACAUCUUAUCUACUCACUUAGUCAUUUUAUUUUCUAUUUUCAAUAAAUCAGAUACAUAUGAAAGUACCCUCAAAUUAGAGGUGACGUUCUGUACUUUCACCUGAUUCGAACAUUUUCUCAAAUCCAAAAUGCUGGAGUAUAGAGACAAAUUUUAAAUUGUGUGGACUGGUGUAAGGCAUAUGGUGGAAAGUCUGUAAACCCCUGUAGCCUGUGCUUAAAUCAAUGUUUUUUUAAUUCAAUUGAGGUGAGUGAGCAAGUGCACAUUUCAGGGUGAAUGAUGGGGAAUUUGGCUGCAUUGAAGAUGAAGCACCAAAUCUAAGUGGAACCACAUGGAGGGGACGAGGGUUAGCUCAUCUGAUCACCAAGCAGUUCAUAUUCCUUUCCCAAUCUGCAGUGAGUUUUUGUGGACACUGGGAUGGAUUCUGACUGGUGUUGAAAGGACCAGACCACCUCUGCACAUAUGGACUGUUUCUCCUUGAAUACGUAGCUUUCCUUCUACCUACCUGCAGGCCUUGCCAUUUAUGUCAGGUACUUCUGACUGUCAGUGCCACUGUUUUCUGUAUUAACUAUCUUCUCUUGUGGCAAUGCAUGACUGCUUUGACAUGGACUAAAUUAUGACUCUUUGGGGACUUUAAAACCUCUAACUUUUCCAUGCAGUUUGGAUGGAAUGAACUACAUGCAGUGCCUUCAGAAAGUAUUCAGACCCCUUGACUUUUUCCAUAUUUUCUAACGUUAGAGUUUUUCUAAAAUUGAUUAAAUAGUUUUUUCUCUCAAUCUACGCACAAUACCCCAUAAUGACAAAGCAAAAACAGGUUUCUGACUUUUUGUUAACUUAUUCUAAAUAUCACAUUUACAUAGGUAUUCAGACCCUUUUACUCAGUACUUUGUUGAAGCACCUUUGGCAGCAAUUACAGCAUAAAAUCUUCUUAGGUAUGACGCUACAAGCUUGGCACACGUGU